CUUCAUCCACGGCGCAACAAACACAGCGCUGCACCCUUCAUUCCGAGCACGCAUCGCAGCAGGCGUACUUAUACCCGACGUCAUCCGCAUACCGGCGCUCCUCCCAAUUGACCUUUUCCGACCGCGCGAUCCGCCAGCAGCUGCCUCCGCCGCCGCCAUGUCGUUCCCCACCCUCCACGCCCGCGCAGAGGGCAAGCCGUUCGAGCACCGCUCCUGCCUCACCCCCACCACGGCGAAGAAGCUGCUCGACGCUGGCUACCCCGUGCUGGUCGAGCGCAGCCCCACAGACCCCAACUACUCGCGCAUCUUCAAGGAUGACGAGUUCGAGCAGGCCGGCGCGACGCUGGUCGACACAAACUCGUGGGAGACGGCGCCCGAGGACCGCAUCAUCAUCGGCCUCAAGGAGCUGCCCGAGGAAGACUCGCCGCUCAAGCACACCUUCGUGCACUUUGCACAUUGCUACAAGCAGCAGGGCGGCUGGGAGCAGGUCCUCGCCCGCUUUCCCCGCGGCGGCGGCACCCUGUACGACCUCGAGUUCCUCCAGGACUCGACCGGCCGAAGAGUCGCCGCCUUUGGCUACCACGCGGGCUUCGUGGGCGCUGCGCUAGCCAUCAAGACGUGGUCAUGGCAGCUCACCCACCCCAACGGCGAGCCCCUCCCCGGCAUCGAGACCUUUACUGACGGCCGCGGCUACUACAACAACGAGACCGAGCUCAUCACCCAGCUCAAAGAGGAUGUCGCCGCAGGGGAGAAGGUCGCCGGUCGCAAGCCCUCGUCGCUGGUGCUGGGCGCCCUCGGCCGCUGCGGCAGCGGCGCCGUCGACCUACUCGAGAAGGUCGGCUGCCCCGAGAUCAAGAAGUGGGAUCUUCCCGAGACCAAGGACCGCGACGGGCCGUACCCUGAGAUCAUCGAGAGCGACCUCUUCGUCAAUUGCAUCUACCUCUCCAAGCCCAUCCCGCCUUUCGUCAACCUCGAGUCGCUCAAGUCGCCCAGCCGCAAGCUGAGCGUCGUGUGCGACGUCAGCUGCGACACCACCAACCCGCACAACCCCAUCCCCAUCUACAACAUCAACACCACCUUCGACAAGCCGACCGUCGAGGUCCCCGUCGAGGGCAACGGACCUAGGUUGUCUGUCAUCUCGAUUGACCACCUUCCGUCUGCGCUGCCGCGAGAGUCGUCCGAGGCUUUCAGCGAUGCGCUGCUUCCCAGCUUGCUGGCGCUCAAGGACAGGGCGACGGCGCCCGUAUGGCAGGGCGCAGAGAAGCUGUUCAACGAGAAGGCUGCGACGCUGCCCGGCGGCGUCCCCAAGAAGGAGGUGUAGAUUUGAUGAACCACGCAUGAUACCAAAUAAACUCCCUAAGAAUCGGCAUAGACAAAAGCCAGGCUUCAAAAAUGUACUGGUAGCUGGAAUGAAAAACCUCACACUCAGGUUUUCUACAUAUAACUAGAACUUGGAAUGGACGUGAAUCCC